UUUUUAAGGCCAUGCAUAAAUCAAGUCUAUUGAUCAGGAAAUAAUAUCGAUAACGACAAUUAAUAAUAACAAUAUUGCGUAAGAAGGGGAAGGUAGAAACAGCCUGCUCCGAGAUUAAAAAAAAGAGGCAGCCAAUUUAUUCUCCCAGUCUUUUAUUCUUGGAGGAGAUCUGCUACAAGUUGGUUUAUUUACUGCUGGAGUUGCUAUUAAGUUUUAUUUAUUUAUUCCUGAAAAUGGAGCUUGUUUUCUUGUGGUUGUUGCAGUUUGCUUUGUUUCGUCUUCAGCCAGCGGGGUUGCCAUUGGGUUAAUUUCGUUUAUUCUUUUGACAGCUUGCCUAAGGCAGUGAUGGCAAAAGGUCACGCGGAAAUACCGCACACACAUGCGCUCUCCAGAAAAGCCAAACUUCUGGGUUCUAGCGCACAUGCGCGCCCGACGAUCAGCUGGCUGCCGUGCGUGCGUACACCGGUUUUCGGCACUGCUGCACACGCGAAGGACAGCUGAUCAUCGCCAGAAACCCGGAAGACAAACAGGCAAGGCCAUGCGUGCCGUGUUAUUUGGCCUCGCGUGCCAUUUUGGGCAGGCAUGCCAUAGGUUCGCCAUCAUGGGCCUAAGGCCAUCUCCAAGGGGACCACUGACUCCUACAAAAUAAGGGGACUGAGAAGUUUGUUUGUGCCGAGGAGAAGCUGGAGUGAAACAACCAUUGGGCUGGGCGUGAAGGAGCCAUUUCUGGAUGACUAUCGGAAAGAAUGCCGUUUCUUCAUGGCUUCCGUAGAAUCAUCUUCGAAUAUCAGCCUUUAGUAGAUGCGAUCUUGGAGUCUCUGGGAUUACAAGAUCCCGAAAAUCAGGAGUUGCCAGAGUGCUCCAGGUCUGCGGCGGCCGAAGACCACAGCAAAUUUGUGGUUCUCCAGAAACUUCUGGAAAGCGAAUCCCAUUCGGCUUUUUACCAAGAAGGCGUGAGCUACACGUUGCUGAAGGUCUCGGAGCUUGGGCUGGUCCAGGUGGCUGAAGUCCUCUUGGACAAUGGGGCGGACCUCACCUUUGAAGAUCCGGUCACUUAUUACACAGCUUUACACAUCGCGGUGCUACGAAACCAGCCCGACAUGGUUGAGCUCCUGGUGCAGCGUGGCGCAGAUAUCAACCGCAGAGACAGGAUUCAUGAAAGCAGCCCACUGGAUCUAGCCAGCGAAGAGCCAGAACGCUUGCCUUGUCUGCGGCGUCUCCUAGAACUCGGGGCCAAUAUCAACGCCGCUGAUAAACAUGGAAAGACCGCUUUGCUGCAUGCGCUGGCCAGCAGCGACGGGGUUCAAAUCCACAACAUCGAAAACAUUCGACUUUUGUUAGAAGGAGGCGCAGACGUCAAGGCCACCACCAAAGAUGGGGACACAGUUUUCACCUUCAUCAUCUUCUUGCUGGGCGAGACGGUGGGCAGCGAUGCCGAAGAGGCCAAGAUGAUCCACCGCUUCUGCUUCCAGGCCACGUGGCUGCUGAUGGCCCACGGCGCCAACCCCAGCGAGUGCCCGCCGUACGAGUCCCUCACCCACCUCUGCCUCAAGAGCUUCCGGCUGCAUUUCCCGCUCUUGCGCUUCCUCCUGGAGUCGGGGGCUUCGCACAGCUGCUCCCUCCACGGGCCCACCUGCUGGUCCGGCUUCGACAUCAUUUUCGAGCGCCUGUGUUCCCAUCUCAGCGAAUCCGAAGACGACAGCUUCUCCAUCGACUUGCUGCAGAAAGCCGAGACCGCCCUGGAGCUGAUGAUGGCCAGCGGUCCGGUGGUCAAGCUGCCCGACAACUUCCAGAUUGACCUGAGCCACUGCCGGUACCACCAAGAGAAGAUCCAGGCGCUCUUCAGGAAGCUGAAGCAGCUGGAGAACACCCCGCCUACCUUGAAGCACCUCUGCCGAGUCUACCUCCGGCAGUAUCUCCAACCUUGGCCCGUAGACGUCAAGGUGAAGGCUCUCCCUCUGCCCAACCGCUUGAAGAGGUACCUCCUCAUAGAUCCGAGUGCAUCUCUGGAGCAGGUGUGACCUCCUGGGACGAGAAGUGGACCUCGGAUAUUUCCCAUCCCGGAUCUCCUCGUUGAGAGCCAGCGCAUGAAUGACAAGAUGUCCCUUCAACGUUCAACAGCCGAUGACGUGGUGUAUAAACCGUGUCCGCGGCAAUACAUUUGAGUGGCGGGUAGGUGGGAGCGGGUUGGGGGCACCUAGAAUUUGCAAUGGAAUCACAUCCCCAGGGCGACUGAACUGGCGGGAAAACCCUUUGUGGAGUUGCGUACCAGCUGAGGAAGAAUUUGUCCCUCUGGUGCCAAAGGAUUGUGACGUUGCGUAGGCUUAUGUUGGAGCCCUACUGAACACCCAGGGUUGAGACAGGAAUGCCAACAGCUGAUUAAAAGAACGCACCUAG